GCCUAGUCACGACUUGAUGGAUCUUUCUUCCAUCCUAACAGCAGAUUUUUCAUUUUCGGAUGUUACUGCUGAGCGAAACGUCUUAUUAUUUUGGCGGGGCCAAAGGAGCGCUGCUUCCAAUACGUAUCACCUGUAUUCAGUAUCGCAUUUACUGGGUCACUUUACCAAAAGCAAUUCAUAGAAUGGUAUUCGUUGAACCCUCGAGACUAUCUGUCCAAGAAUUUAUUGCAACAGAUACAUUAGCUUAUUCUGACGGGCACGUUUCAUGGUGCAAUCAAUACCAAGCAAGCUUGAAUGAAUGUGGAGAACCUUCCAGCACAUAAAUACAUUGGAUCUGCCCUGUCCCUGGCUAAAAUCAUUUGAUCUAAUACAAUUGCUACCCUAAUCGACGACGGUGAUCUCGACCUUACGGAGGAUUUUAAUAACUCAAUGGCAAUAGUAUACCUAGUAUACCAAAUAUGCGUCGGCCUCGUGGGAGCAUUCUUGCUCCGCCAGAUAUUUACUUUGAUGCGACAAGGCGCAGCGGCCGGCUCACGACAUUUCAUUGUCUAGCAUCCAAAGAGUAUCAGUCGCUGCGCUGUCAUCCCAUACUGGAUGCUCUAGCGAGGCUAUUAUAAGUGGCCAUCACCGAUCAAAAUAGGAAGGGAGCGCUCUGGAAGGGGGAACCAUGGCAAGCGGAGUUAGACGUAUCACAGGCUCGCCCAAA